UCUCUCUCUCUCUCUCUCCUCUCUCUCUCUCUCUCUCUCUCUCUCUCUCUCUCUCUCUCUCUCUCUCACAUUCAUUCAUUCAUUCCUAAAAGACGCAUUUCAUUCUUUUUUUUUAUUCUUGUCACAUCUGUGCCCUUCAUUUAUACAUCAUCUUACGACUCUCCACACACAUAUACAUAUACUCUCACUUUACCUUCCUGAGCAUUUUCUUCUUUCUUUCUUGCUAAAAUGGCGAAUUUGCAGAAGCAAAGAUAUUACUUCUUUGCCUUCCUUAUCAUCUAUAUGUUCACCGGUAUCGGUGCGUUGAUCCUUGGUAGCACGUGGUUACGACAGUCUGCAGAUGGUGCUCCAAGAGAUGCUGUUAUCUCCAAGACUAUUGAGCAAACUGGUACAUAUUUAGGUGGCAUUGUUGCAGCAACAGCUAUUGUGGGAUUCAUUGGAGGAGCAUCGCCUAUCAAAAAUAAAAAGUACUUGCUUGCAUUUGUGGUCUUGAUGAUCAUGGUCAUGGCUGCAGAGCUGGGUCUUGGAGGAGUCAUAUGGUUCAAGACCUUGCGUAUGCGUAGUCUCUUCCAGACUCAGUGGUUGACAUGGCCCGAUGGUCUCAAGAUUGCCUUCCAGGACAUGACGAGCCUAAAGGGAUACUCACAAUGCUGUGGAUACCCUCAAAACGAGAAUGUGGUCUAUUCAGGGGCUUGCACCAAGGAGACCGUAGCUAUAUUCCCAGGAUGUGGAGAGAAAGUCUCGGCCUUCGCAGAUGGUUACUUGAGAAAGCUUUACACUUCGCUCUUUGCAUUCACCGUCGUCAAUGUGUUUUGCUUCAUCAGCACUGUCAUCUUGAUCCAAACAAGGAACGAUGAAGAACGAUACAUCCGCAUUGGCAAGAAGGAGGGCAGGACAUACACUAAUGUGAUCUAA